AAUCCAUUCCACAAGUUUCAUUCACGCUCGAUUCAUUUCGCACACACUCAACAAUGAAAAGCCUCAUUAUCUUCGUCGUCGCUCUCCUCUGUAUCAUUGUUUCACCGACCACAACGAUGGGAGGUUGGCCAAAACCUUCAGAAGUCUCUAAUGAGGAGAAGCUGGUGAAUACCGGCCAAGCUCAACCCCAUUUAUACGCUGGUAAACUCCAUUUUGGAGAUUCCAAAGUCUGGAAAUGUACCUAUAAUAACGGAUCUGGAGCGGCCAUUUCUAUUAGUUACCCUUCACCUCCUCAACCACCGUCACAAAAGCCUCCAACUCCGUCGUCUCCCCUGACUCCUAAGAUGGCUCCGCCACUACCUAAACCCUCACCUCCACGUCCAUCUCCGAAGAAGUCUCCUCCACCUCCUAACCCAUCUCUUCCGCCUCCGCCUCCACCUCCGCCUCCGCCUCCUAAACCCUCAUCUCCGCCUCCUAAACCCUCACCUCCGCCUCCUAAACCAUCGCCUCCACCGACUCCUAAAAUGUCUCCGCCAUCACCUACACCAUCACCUCCACGUCCAACUCCAAAAACGUUUACUCCACCUCCUAACCCAUCAUCUCUGACUCCAAAUGAGUCUCCUCCACCUGCUAAAACAUCAAUUCUGAUCAUUCACUCUCCACCACCGCCACACGAACCAAUCCCAGCACAAUCCCCUCCAAAAGAACCAACAACGCCAUCAACUCAAUGGCCUCCUUAUCGGAAUUGGAAUCCGUUGGGGCAUUUCAUUAACUGCAUAACCGAAUUUGGGCCGUCGGCAGUAUGCAAGCAACAAAUAGAGGUAAGUUACUACACAGGGAGGUUUCGUGUAAGUGACUAUUGCUGCAACCUUUUCGUCAACAUGAGAAAUGAGUGUUCUGAUGUCAUUUUGGGCUUCUACGACGAUCGCUACUUCCUUCCUCUACUUCGCUGCACUUGCCACGUCAAGAUAUACUAACUCCUUCUAGGGCUUUCUUUUCUUAUUUUAGGUUCUUUAGUCUUGUAGUUUUGGUUACUUUUCAGAAAAGAAUAAUAAAAAGUUUCUUCCUUUUCACAUUUCGUACUACCAUAUAUUGUCGCAAAUGCAGAUAAGCAACAAAAGAAAAGAAGAGUACUUGCACUCAUUCUUGAAAUGAUAUUUCAUUAAAUGAUUAUAAAUUUUCUUUCGCUGAUAAAAUAAAAUGGGUUAAAAUAUGUUGGAAUAUUGUACCGUAUUGAUAUAAUCAUGUCGACUUAUUUUAAUGUUUUUUUUUUGAGAAAGACUUAUUUUAAUGUUGUGGGACACUUUCAAAACUAAAUCUGCCCUACGUCUUUCAAAACUCUUCCGGUAGUUUGUGUCUGUGCAUAAUGUGCAUUGGCAUGUGUGAUGUUCUGCACAGCACAUCUGUUAUUACUCUAUUUUUUGGGGAUGUAUAUGAAGACUAGGUUUGCAAAAACAUACUAUGGGUCAUGCACAACUCUUUUCUAAUCUAGUUCUUCCACGACUCUUCCACACAUAUAUUAUAUAUUAAAACAAAAGUCACGAAGUUCAAAAAAAAAAAAAACAUAUUUAUUGUCUUA